CAUGGUCAUAUCGCGAAUGCAUUUCUUCCGUGACGAUUCAGCAACAAACAUACCGCGACAAUUUCCCGGUCGCAUUAUGGGAAUUAUUGCCUUCUCUUCGGCAAGUAUUUGCAACGUAGCGACGGAAAAUGCUACGACAACGCUAUGGCUAUCGAUAACGUCCUGAGAGGGCUGCUCCGUUUUUGUCUAUGCUUCUUCGUUCUGCUCCGUGGCGGUGAAGCCCAAGUCGCUGUUCACGAUGGACCCAUGGACUCGGUCAACGAUGAUCGCAGAUCAAGUGUCAAGCAAUCAUUCGAUGCUACCUCUGUCAUGUUUCAUGACGCUCUUAAUCGUGCAGCUUCGGCAGCUGCAACUUGUCCAACAACCAUCAGCAAUUAUAUCACAUAUACCAGCCCACAGUCGUGUAUGAGCAUAGAUUACGUAGCCACCCCGACGUCGAUCUCGAGUUAUGAUUUCCGGAGCUCUACAGAGAGUACACAGUAUGCAACAAAUACAGUCGAUUCAAUCACAUCAUCCGGAUCUCCAUCCAUAAGCAUUCCCUCUGAACGCGAAAUUCUCGGCGCGUCAAUCUCGGAGCAACCUCGCCCUGUCGAGAGUGCGAACCCUGCGAUUGCAAGUUCUCAAUCUCUCACACAUAUAGCAUUAUUGGAAGAAGAAGACCUUGAGUCGCCACUAGAUAAUGCAAAUUUUCUAUCAUUUGAAGAAUGGAAGGUUCAAAAUCUAGUCAAGGCAGGCCAAUCGCCAGAGCAUGUCGGCCGUGGCCAGGCAAUCAACAUCAACAGACCUCGACCGGAUCUCACCAAUGCAUUGGAUGCUCUUGGAGAUGAGGGCGAGAUCAAUCUCGAUUUCACGGGCUUUGGAAGCGGAGCUAGUCCCACAGUCCCGAUCGCCGCGCAAAGGGACGCCAUGGCGGCUUUUGAGAUCUCUGACAGCGAGCAUGCAUCGCCGCCCGCCCUCACCGUACGAUCGAAAGAUGCAGGCAAAACGUGCAAAGAAAGAACCAACUAUGCCUCAUUCGACUGUGCCGCCACCGCAUUGAAAUCGAAUAAAGAGUGCAAGUCAGCAUCUGCGAUUUUGGUGGAGAACAAAGACAGCUACCUACUAAACAAAUGCUCUGCAGAAAAUAAAUUCAUCAUCAUAGAGCUUUGCGAUGACAUCUUGGUCGACACUGUCGUGCUUGCAAACUAUGAAUUCUUCAGUUCAAGUUUCCGUCACUUCCGAGUCUCGGUGUCGGAUCGAUAUCCUGUCAAGAUUGAAAAAUGGAAAGACCUCGGGACGUACGAAGCUCGGAACACCCGCGAGAUUCAGGCAUUCUUGGUGCAGAAUCCGCUUAUAUGGGCGAGGUAUCUGCGAAUCGAAUUUUUGACACAUUACGGUAACGAGUACUACUGCCCUGUAAGCUUGCUCCGAGUGCAUGGCACUACCAUGUUGGAGGAAUUCAGGCAUCAAGAAGACGCUGCCAGAGGCGAUGAAGAGGAGGCCACUCAGGAGGCGGCGAUCGUUCUCACAGCUAUUGAAGAUGCAAGCUCUGUCCACAUCUCAAACGGCGCCGUAGAAGGCAGCACCGAAGCACCAUUGCAGAAUGAGAAGCAGGAUUCUUCCGACAUAGGUGUCGGACGAGAUGUUCCUGCGGACACCAGCGCUGCUGCCACAGCCACCGUGACCGUCACAAAUGGCACCAUUAGCGAGCCCAGCCAGCCAGCAAACGAUGGUUUCGUAACUUCUAGCAGCACUCGCAUUCCGAUAGACAACCUGAACACGACUUGCGAGGCCAUUGAGGUCGCACGUGCUUCAAGUCCAGGAGUGGCGGCGCCAGCAACAGAAACAACAAUAACAACAGUAGCAGCAACAAUAUUGCAACAAGCUAACUCGAAAGAGGGGGUGACAGGCCAGAAUAAAAGCAAGACAGUCAGCUCAGUGCCAACCUCAGCGGCGACUCGAGCGACCGAGUCAUCAACAGCGACCUCACAAAAGUCUCCGACAGCUUCUUCGUCAACCAUAAGUAGUGCACAAGCAUCAUCAAAAUCACAGGGGUCCGCACCAAUUUCAAAUUCAACGACUGCGUCAAGUGGUUCCAAGUCUGCGAAUCACACUAUCCCGACUACAAACACAAAUCGGACUGCAAGCGCGACGGUGGUGAGCUCGCAGCCGCCACAACAAUCUACACAGGAGUCGUUCUUCAAGUCCGUUCAUAAACGCCUGCAACAAUUAGAGAGCAACAGUACUCUAAGCCUGAAGUACAUAGAAGAACAAUCCCGAAUCCUAAGAGACGCAUUCACCAAAGUCGAGAAACGCCAAGUUUCUACUACUUCAAAUUUCCUGGCGAACCUCAACCAGACGGUCAUCUCUGAGCUACAAGGACUACGUACAGCAUAUGAUCAGCUAUGGCAAAGCACAGUCAUUGAGUUGGAGGGACAACGACAACUUAGUCAGCACGAAAUGCUGGCCAUGAGCGCUCGUCUCACCAUGGUGGCCGACGAGCUCGUCUGGCAGAAGCGCAUGGGAAUUUUGCAAUCGACCUUGCUGCUUUUAUGUUUGGCCCUCGUGCUAUUCGGUCGCACAAGCAACAAUGGCUACCUUGAGAUGCCGAUCAUGCAACAAAUGAUGAAUCGCUCGACGGCCGCCUUACGGACUAGCUGGGAGUCUCCGCCCGGGAGCCCCUCGCCGGAGAGUCGCAGUCCGGUAAGCCUGUUUCGACAGAAGCUCUGGCGAGCUAGUCCGGAGCCGAUGAGUGAGAAUCUCACCGACUCGGACAAGGAGGGUUUGGAAGUUCGACUUGAGCCGCCGACACCUUCAAGUCAGCUCAGCGCGCAGAGUGAGGACGAAGAUGAUGACUCAGACCAGAAUGGGCCAGCUGAUGGACUGGAGACCCAGCACGACGCAAUGACUCACAUCGAUGCGCUUGCGGAUAUGGGGCCCAAAUAUGAUGAUAUCCGAGCGACUGAAGCUCCCGAGAUGAUUCCUAGACUAUCCGAGAAUACCUGAGGGUAUGGCUCCUGACAUGCAGAUGGCUUGUUACAUUACAUAAAUUUAAUACAUGAAAGGUAUCCUACACAAGCAGUGUCACCUCGUGCGUAAUCCUCGUGAAGCUCAAGCAGCAUCGGCAUGAUCAUGGC